GCCAGAAACACACGAAAGCGCCUGCGCGCGCGAUGCCCUCGCUUUUCGCUCCGUCGCGGCGUCGGACCCUGCACUUUGGUUCCUGCCCGCUGACGGUCGGCUCCGGCCCUUGGGGAAACCUCUGACCCGUCGCGCUGCUCGUGUGCACUCCGCGCUCUCCAACAUGCCCGGGGGCGUGUCCUGGUCCGCCUACCUGAAAAUGCUCUCCUCCAGCCUUCUGGCUAUGUGCGCUGGGGCCCAGGUAGUGCACUGGUACUACCGGCCUGACCUGACAAUACCUGAGAUUCCACCAAAGCCUGGAGAACUCAAAACGGAGCUUUUGGGACUGAAAGAAAGACACCACGAACCUCAGGUUUCGCAGCAGCAGAAACUUCAAAAUACAACUGUGCCAAGAAUUCUGUGAAUAUUUUAAAUAUGUAUUUUUAAAUUUA